AGCCGGAAUCCUUCAUUCAUACCAAACCACAUUCCUUUGGAUAUUCAAAGCUCAGUGAUACGCGCCGGUCGCAACUAGCUCUAACAAAUUAACUGCAAGAACAACAGAAGUAGGAAAAUGAAACUUCCAGAAGAACAUUCAAUCUAUUUACAAGCUUUCUUUGGUGGUAUGAUUGUCGUGGCUUUCCUCGCUCGUUUACCCGCCAUGAUUAACUGGGUUAUUGCUGGUGGUAUACAGCGUGCUACGUUCCUCCACAAGGGUGAAAUUGAUGGCCCAGGUGCAUACCCGUACUCUAUCGUCGCAAAGUCCCCCUUUCCAAACAGUCAAAAAUCAAAACCAAACAUUUUCGAGCGCUCAAUCAAUCAAAUAACGCCUACAGCGCACACGCCUUUGCCUGGUUUGUCACUUACAGCUGGACAGGCUUUCGUUUUCGCUUUAGCCACUGCCGCCAGCAUCUUCGUUUUUGCCUACGGUCCUACAAACCCAAUUGAGAACCCAGGCAGAGCUGGUUGGGCUGCAGUAGCUGUCACACCUGCCGUAACAGCUUUGGCCUUCAAAAACUCAAUUGUUGGUACUAUGGGUGGAUGGGGAUACGAGAAGCUCAACAAAUUGCAUCGUCUUCUAGGAAGAUUGUCAGUCUUGUUUGGGCUUUUACACACAGCUGGAUACGCACAUAUAUUCUCACAACACAAUACGGUUGCAUCUAGUUUGGCAAAGCCUAUGAACCAAGCUGGUAUUUUUGCUAUCAUCGGUAUGCUUCUCACUGCUGUAUUCUCGAUUCCAUGGUGCAGAACUCACUUCUACAAUGUUUUCUGGCAUUGUCAUUGGAUCGGCUAUUGGAUGUACCUCAUAGCUAUAAUGAUUCACUGGAAAUCAACCCAACCGUUCAUUAUACCAUGCAUUGUCGCAUACGGCAUUGAUUGCGCUAUGCGCUUUGCGAGAUCUAGAUCACGUUUAGCUGAAAUUACUCCACACCCAGCAGCUGGAUACACCACUAUCACAAUCCCUGACCUCCGCGGUGGAUGGGAAGCAGGACAGCACGUCUACGUCCGCGUUCAAGAACUCGGUGGAAAAUUUUUCGGUUUGGGCAACCUCAUUGAAAAGCACCCAAUCUCUAUCGCGAGCGCUAUUGGUGGUAGUGAUGGUCUUAGACUUAUCAUUCGCAGUAAUGGUGACUGGAGUAGUCGUGUUUUGGCACUCGCACAAAGGAAGCAAAAUGAGAUUACCUACGGCUCUGAAAAAGGUAACGAUAGUGUCCCAACUGCGGCAGUCUCAGUUGAAGGUCCUUACGGUGGACCAUUUUAUACGUCGUUCGGUAAAUCCGGUCACGUUCUUUUCCUUGCUGCCGGUUCUGGUCUUGCUUUCGUACUCUCUUGCGCUGAAGAUCUGGUCAAGCAGAGCAGAGGUGGACAUUGUCGUGCCACCACUUGUCAAGUUAUUUGGAUCGUCAGGGAUGUUGCAACAUACCAAGUUUUCCAUGAAGAAUUGAUGACACUCCUCGUUGCCGGAUCACUUGUUCCACUCGAUCUAACAGUUAAGGUUUACAUAACGAGACAUGUUAACAGCGCUGGCGUCAGCUCUGACGAUCUCAACUAUCUCUUACCACACAGGGAUGGUGAGAUUAUUGCAAAGAGACCGUCAAUUGCAGCCAUCAUUGAAGAUACCGUUUUCAUGGCCAAAGAUAGGAAUUGUACUUAUGGUCUCAUGGUUGGUAUUUGUGGACCACCAUCUACCGUAAGAUCAUGCAGAGCUGCCAUUGGUGGUGUUGAUCCAAGAUACCUGAAAGAAAUUGGUGGUGUACGCGAACACUGCGAAACUUUCGGUUGGUAAACACAAAACUGAUUAUAGUGGCUAGCGGGCCGGAAUACCUCUUUUGAUAUUAUCUUUACAUCUGAGUUGUUUUCAAUAUUUCUCAUUCUUUCACUGUUUUCAUUAUAUUUGUACACAAGAUAUGCAUAUAGUGCAGCGCACUAACUGAUAUUCGAUGGAAAUGAUUAUCUAAUAAAUAUUACUACUAAUAUAACAAAAAACAUAAUGAAAAUAAAUAUAAACUAAAGUCCCAUGAGAUUGUCUGGCGCGAUGUUGAGCGCUGUUUGACAAGUCUCGUCAUUUUGAUGUUCAAGUGCGUUCAAUGGCCAAAGUUCAUCAGUGUAUUGUUGCCAAGUCGUUAAGUUUGGAUUCAUGUAAGCGUCAAUAUGGCGGUUAAUAUAAUCGCUAGUUGGCAUAUCUGGUGGGUCACAGCCGACGUUACGCUCACCAACAGGUUGAUAAACGCGUACCCAAUCAACUGACAUUAUUGAAGGGAAUAUGAGCUCAUCCCAGUCAAUGUCACCAAAGUUGUUCGAUAUACCUUGGUUAAUAAGUAUGUACAUUGGUUCCUCCGGUAUAGUUCUUUGUCCAAUUUCUGUGAUUGGAUCUGGACCAAUGGCACCCGCUUUGACGCUCCAUCUAACUUCGUCGCUAACUGACCAUUUUAUGUCACCAUCGGCACCUGGAUGAUACUCGAAACCAUACUCAUCAUAGCAUCCAGAUUCGAAUUGAUAACAUUCUUGGUUUGUACGUAUAACACCACUAACGGAUUGUUGGAAAACACUUCCAUGGUAACCGUUCACUUCGUCAGUUUCAGGGUGUGUCAAUACAGCCAAAUCAGAUGUGUUGUCGUAAAGAUAGAAACUGUUAAAUGGUGCGAAUUGACCAGACAUUGAGAGGUGACCCAUACGCGUAGAUUGAUCUACUUGUGCUUCAAGAAUAUCGAUUUCAGGUGCAGAUCUACCUUUUAAGGUACCGUCUUCAUGCUUUGGUCCAGGGUGAUCUUGAUCAUCGCAUGUGCAUCUGGAUAAACGUUGUCCAGGGAGGUAAGAAACUGAGUAAUCAUACGCCCAAUCACCAUUGGUACGUGACUCAGGUGGAUAUACACCAAGUGAUUGGUUCUUGAGAGUACCGACAUCGCAGCUAUCAUAACUGUAUGGCCACAUUCCGUCUAGACUGGCACCAUAACCAGCACGACCGAGGUUACCCAUAGUCCAGAAAGCUGGCCAGAGACCCCAGACGUCUGAUGAACCUGGAAGUUGUACUGAUGCUGAAAUGUAUCCACCUGUGAAACAGAAUUUGUUCCAACUUGUCAAAAUUCCUCCUUCAUAUUCGAGAUCGUGACUGGCUACUUCAUCGAGUGUUAUUCUAAGUGCACCACCUUCGGUUGUUACUUGACGUGGGGAGUACCAUUCAAGAUUGUUUGUUCCCCAAUAGUGCAGAUCUCCAGCUUCCCAAAAUGGAUCUUCACCAGGGUAGAAUGUCCGUCCGUCGAUGUUAAAUUCGUCGGAGAAAACGAGCUCAUAGUCUUUACCGUCGUAACCUACUCUAGUGCGUGCUUCUUCCGGUGUGUCAGGGUCAACUAAGCCACGAUGGCCACUAAUGGCAGCUAUCUGACCAGUUGAAUUGAUAAAACCAAUAUUAUAUCCGCCU